UUUGGACGGAAAGUGAGAUGGGCAUCGGCGUUCCGGCGCUGCGGCUUAGAGCCGCCUCGGGAUUGAAAGUCCGCUAAAACGGGGAGCCUCGCUUGGGCAUGGAGCCCGCAGGUGAAAACUGGAUCAAGAGAGAAGGUAAUGAAGGAACUCUCCAGCCCCCGAGGGAUGCCCUACUGGUUGAGGUGGAACAGCCAACAAAAAAAUUAUCUGAGGAAAGUGAAGGUUUCCUGCAGUCUAAACCAUUGAAAACUCUGAAGAGGGAUCUGGACAUGCAUCAGAAUCCUUUCACAGGGGAGAUUUGUUUUGACUGUGAGAACAGCCCUCGAAAGAUGUACCCAAAUGAUCGACCAUUUAAAUGUGACAUGUGCGAGAAAAGCUUCCGCCACAGUUCCAGCCUCUUAACCCAUCGAAGGCUGCAUACUGGAGAGAAACCAUAUAAGUGCACUGACUGUGGGAAGAGUUUCAACACCAGCUCAGCGCUGAUUGUACACCGCCGGACCCACACCGGAGAGAAGUCCUACGUCUGCUCAGACUGUGGGAGGUGUUUCAGCGAAGGUUCGGUGCUCAUCAAGCACUGGCGGAUCCACACCGGGGAGAAGCCGUACAAAUGCGCCAUUUGUGGAAGGGGCUUCCGGCAGAGCUCCCAACUGCGGGCCCACGAACGGACCCACACGGGGGAAAAACCUUACGAGUGCCAGGACUGUGGGAAAUGUUUCAGCACCAGCUCUAAUCUCUCCGCUCAUCAGCGGACCCACACGGGAGAAAAACCAUACAUCUGUCCUGAGUGCGAUCGACGGUUUGGUCACAAGUCGCACCUCAUCUCCCACCAGAAGACGCAUACCGAGAAGCUGCACGCUUGCUCUGACUGCCCAGCAACCUUCCGCAUGCUCCAUCAGCUCCUGGUCCAUCGCAAGUCCCACCAGGAAGAGAGGCGGUACAAAUGCCUCCUGUGUGGGAAGACGUUCAGCUACAGCUCAGCCCUCUUGGCACACCAGAGAAUGCACACAGGGGACCGGCCAUUCAACUGCCUGGAGUGCGGGAGGAGUUUUGUCCGGAAUUCAGACUUGAACAAACACCAGAGGAUCCACACAGGGGAGAAGCCCUAUGAGUGUCCGGAGUGUGGGAAGCGAUUUAACCAAAGCUCCCACCUGGUUAGCCAUCGGAGAGUCCACCUGAAAAGUACUGCGAAGAAUCCUGGCACAGAUGUCCCCGCUCCAAGGGGACGAGAAAUAGAGUCUUCCUGAUAAGCAUUUUUGCAACAUUUCUUUGUUGAAAGUCUGCAUCAGGGGUCUCCAAACUUGGCAACUUUUAAGACUUGUGGACUUCAACUCCCAGAAUUCCCCAGCCAGUAUGGAGAGUUCUGGGAGUUGAAGUCCACAAGUCUUAAAGGUUGUCAAAGUUUGGAGACUCCUGGUCUACAUUAUGAAGGCUGCAGUUUUGUGCUCCUUACAGGAGAGUAAAAUCUCAUCCCAUCCAGUGGGACCAUUGAUUACAGGUAAUAAACUUGUAAGACUAUUGUGGGUUUUUACACCACGCAUGAAAACAAAAGAAAAUUCUGCUCCAAGAGAUUUCAAAUGAUUCAUUAAGAUUAAAGGACAAUAGGUUACGUGGCCAGGAUAUCUUAUGGAAACUAAGAUAUAGAUUGGUUGAUGUAAUUGGAGCUAGAAAAGAGCAAAAAUAAGCUGCAAGACCAAGAUACUAUUAUCUGGCUAUUGAGAAAUAUUGUUUAGCCCUUCUCUGACUUCUGUUGUCUAAUGAAGCAUGUUUUUCAGCUUAUCAUUGCAACAAUGAGGAUUAUAAACUUGCGAUAUUGUUGCUGUUUAAUCAAUUUAUAUUCUUGUGCUGCUACCAUGUAUGGCCAGAGACAUUUGUCUUCUUAUGAGAGUGUAGAAUGCUGGUAUUGUUUAACACAACUGAGGAAUAAUAGUGUUUGGUUUUUUUUCCCAAAGUUGGAUUUUUUCAGUGUUUUUAGAUAUGAAGAACCUCAGUGGUAAGAGCCACUUGUGAAGCUAAAGUUUAAAGACAACACAUUUUCCUUGAAAUGGAAAAGAACUUUAAUUGUUUUUUGGCUACCAAAGGUAUGGAAAAAUAACUUGAACUGACAUCCAUCUAUUUUUUAUAGAUCACAUGUGAAUGUAGUAUGGUAUCAGCUAUCUGGUUUCAAAAGAAAUAGAACUCUAGCUGGCUUUUAAUAACAACAUUCCAUUUCCCACAUUCCCCUUGUCUUAAUAAAACUUUAAAGCUGAAGAAUAGUUGUAACAAAGGAGAAUUAUUGUAUUUUUAAAAUAAAUGUAUGAGUGCCGUUUUUUCUUACUCCUUUAUCAAAUACAGUGGCUGGGUUCAUUACUGCUUACUUCUAUAAGAUGCAGUAAUUGAACUAUUACAGAAGUUGAUCACUUAUGAAUAGUUCCCAUCAUCCAGAUGGCUGCACUACACUUUGGACAGCUUACUUAAAAUUGUGGCAUCUGAAUUUUCAUGUAUGAAACGUACAUAUCUCAAAAGAUCUCCAUGGCUUAAAUCAUCCAUUUUGCCUCUUGAACUUGUAAACCUCCACCAUUGUGGAAAUACAGUCCAAAUGGGUUUUAAAUUGUAGUUUUAUUGCAAGGUCCUAUUUUACUCAAAAGUUCUUGCCAUGUAAUCUUAAGUACUGGUUGACUUCAAUCUUUUUGUUAGGGUUCCAUAAUUAUUUUUGUUUGUGUUUUGUUUCUUAAUCUUGACUUUUGCCAGCAGGUUUUCACUACAAGCACUGUAUGGGCCACUUCCAUGAUUGCUUCAUGUUCUUCAUUAAAGCAGAUCUCUAAAAUAAUGAGUAUAUGCUGCAAUAAAUAUGUUAGUCUUUAAACUGCAACAGAUGUUUAAGCCUAGUUAAGUAUCCAUUGGAACCUAGUUUCAGUUAAAUGGUGUUUUUCUUUACAAUAGUCAGACUGGAAAGCCUUUACAAUGCAAUAAAAUUACAAUCAAAUAUACAAGGAAAAUGCUGUUUUGAAUAAAUAUGAUUCUACCUCAUGGAUCAAAUUAUUUUUUGCAAAACCCAAACCUUACUGUGUGGCACUUAUUUUGCACUUAUGGUAGGUCAGCCAUUCUUACUCAUUGCUUGAUGUAUGAAGCCAGUGACAAUGCCUCUGAAUUUUAAUUUGGUCUUCCAGGACAGGAGUCACCAACCUUUUGGACCUCAGGAGCCACUAAAUUCAUAAUUUUAAAUCUGGCAGACCACUAAUAUGAUCUGCCUAAUGAUCGGCUGGGUGGGCAUGGCUAGAUGGUCAUGUAACUGGGUGGGCGUGGCCAACUUGAUGUCACUAACAUUGAAGGGUGCCUCACCGGCCUCUACUCGCCCCUCCCAGCCACUUCUUGACUGCCUGCCCGGGCUUCUUAGGGCCCCAACAGGAAGCAGUUGUUGGAGCUAA